UUCGCGUCGCCUGAAUCCGUGUCCGGAAGAGUAGGCGUCGGAACUUGUGGUGUGGGCGGAAAACCGAUGACUGAAUUUACUCAUCAGGAAAAGUGGAAGAAGGAAAAGGCCGGCUCUUCAGGUAUGGUCUCUGGCGCUCACUCACGGCUCGCACACAAUCAUAGAUACAAAUAAAUGGAUAAAUAUU